AUGAGCUCGUCUUCCAUGUCUGAAAAAUCCCUUACUAAGUCCGACUCGGGCGAUGGAAUGGUGGAGUACCAAGUUGCUCACGAAACACCAUGGCAAAAAACGAAAAACAUCUUAUUGAUGAGAAAAAUGUUUGAAAAGAUCGAGGACCGGCCCACGCCUCCCGAAGUGUACAACUGGCGCAUCUACUCGACGGCGCUCAUAGCGUCGGCCGCCGCCAUCAUCAUUGGUUACGACGGAGGCUUCAUUGGCGGCACGGUGGCCUUGCCCUCUUUCCGCCACGAGUUUGGCCUCGACAAGAUGAGUCUGCACCACGCCGACUUUGUCAUUUCCAACGUGAUCUCGGUAUUCCACGCUGGCUGUUUCUUUGGCGCCUUGAUUUCCUAUCCGUUCUCGUAUUACCUUGGAAGACGGAUUUCUCUUAUCAUUGCUGCAGCGUUGAUCACUGUUGGCUCGGCCAUCAUGCUUGCAGCCUCCUCGAAAAAUGGCUUGGGCCCCAUUUACGCAGGCCGUGUCUUGGCCGGUCUUGCGGUGGGCUUUUCCACAAACUUGACUCCCGUCUACCUCAGUGAAAUCAGCCCUCCAGCCAUCCGUGGAAGAGUCAUUGCCUUGUACGAAAUCGGCUGGCGUAUUGGUGACUUGGUUGGCUUUUGGAUCAACUACGGUAUCGACUCGCACAUGGGUCCGUCCAAACAACAAUGGCUUAUCCCGUUUGCCAUCCAGCUUAUUCCCAGCGGUAUGUUUUUGGCUGGAAGUAUUGUCAUGCGUGAAAGCCCCCGGUGGCUUUUUUCCGUUGACAAGCACGACAAGGCCAUCGAAAACUUGAAGUGGUUCCGUAACUUACCCGAAGACAAUGACUACUUGAUCUUUGAAGUGAAUCAGGUGAAGGAGUCGAUCGAUGCCCAGAGAGCUAAAGUCGGCUUGGGCCUCAUGGACCCAUUCAAAGAGGUUUUCGGGGGCGGCAACAACCAGAUCUUGUACCGUUUGUGUCUCACAUGCGGUUUGUUUCUUUUCCAGAACUUCUUGGGAAUCCAGUCCAUCAACUACUACUCGCCCAAGAUUUUUGCCAGUUUGGGCGUCAAGGGAACAAACUCGACGUUGUUCUCCACCGGCAUGUUUGGUGUGGUGAAGUUUGUGUGCACAUUCAUCUAUGUUUUGUUUGUGGUGGACAAUUUCGGCCGCCGCAAGGCUUUCAUGUGCUCAUCCACCGUGUGUUCGCUUGCCUUUUGGUACAUCGGUGCCUACUUGAAGGUGAACGACCCAACAAAACCUGGUGUCAAGGCCGGUCCUGGAGGCACGGCAGCAAUCGCUAUGAUGUACAUUUGGAUUGCGUCCUUCAUUUUGGCGUGGUCCGGUGGACCUUUUGUUGUGGGAAGUGAGGUUUUCGACCAGAAUAUCCGUUCGUUUGUCCAGGCGAUAAACGCUGCGGUUUCGUGGGUGCCCAUUUUCAUCAUGUCUCGGUUCACCACGAAUAUGAUCAGCGCCAUGCACUAUGGCAUUUAUUUCUUUUUCGCCGCGUUGGCGGUGUUGUCUGUACCAUUCGUCUUCUUCUGCAUCCCCGAAACCAAAGGUAUCGCCUUGGAAGACAUGGACAAGUUGUUUGACCGCAACAUUUCUGCGCGCAGGGCGCAUGCAGUGGUGUUAAGCGGAGCCAGAAGAGAGGCGGAUGAGGUGAUGCAUAAGCGUCUGGGUUUGUUCAAAAUCGACACGGCCAAGUCCAAUGGCGUCGAACAGGUGGAAAACGUCGAGCUCAUGGCUCAAAAGGUAUAA